AUGGCGAAGAUCGUGUGGUUGCAGAGUCAGAUACAUAUUUUCAACUAUUCAAGUGGGGUGUAAUAAAAGAUGGGUAGGUCUAAGUUUUUAAUAUUGCUUUCAAUAUCCACGUACACAAACAAAAAAUAAUACUAUAUAUAUAUAUAUAUUAACAUUCAUUGUAAGAUAUAAAUCCUAUGAAUGAUGAUCAUAUUCUAGAGAGAGAGAGUCUAGAGAGAGAAGGAGGGGAGCAAAUCCUCAUUACAAGUCAUUUUCUGACUUUCCUUUCCGUGUUGGUGCUUAAAUUGUUUUUUUUUUUUUUUUUUUACCUAGUAAUGGUGGUGUAGUUUUUCUCAGUGUUGAUCAUUUUUGGCACUGAAUGAAAUGGGUACUACUUUUCCAAGGGAGAGAAGAUUGUUUUUCUCAACAUCUCUCAUUCUCUUAAUAUUUACUGUGAUUUUGUUCCAAGAAUUUUUCGCGGUUUCGGGUUUGAAUUACACAAAAUAUAGACAUGUUGGGAGGUUGAGACGUGAUAGGAUUGAGAAACAUCUUGAGAAGAUCAACAAGCCAGCCGUCUUAACCAUAGAGAGCCCAGAUGGAGAUAUCAUAGAUUGUGUCCAUAAGAGAAAACAACCAGCUUUAGAUCAUCCCCUCCUAAAGAAUCACAAGAUCCAGAAGGUUCCACCAGAAAGGCCCAAGAUGAGAGUGAUGGAAGAAAAUGUAGAGAGAAAAUUCAAUGGGAGUGGUGGUGAGGGAGUACCAAGUAGUGGUGCAUGGCAAACGUGGCAACAAGAUGAAAAACAGUGUCCGAAGGGCACCGUUCCUCUGCGGCGGAGCACACUGCAUGAUGUUUUGAGGGCCAAGUCUUUGUAUGACUUUGGAAAGAAACAGAGAAAAUCAGCGUCUCUUGCAAGACGCAGUGAUGCACCGGAUGUAGUCAGCCAAAAUGGCCAUGAGCAUGCGAUAGCAUACACGGGAACAUCGCAAGAGGUGUACGGGGCAAAAGCGACAUUGAAUGUGUGGGACCCAUUGAUCCAAGUAGUCAACGAGUUCAGUCUCUCCCAGAUUUGGAUUCUUUCGGGAUCAUUCGACGGCUCUGAUCUCAACAGCAUAGAAGCUGGCUGGCAGGUUAGUCCGGAGCUUUAUGGUGAUAGCAGGCCCAGAUUAUUCACUUAUUGGACGAGCGAUUCAUAUCAAGCAACAGGAUGUUACAACCUUUUAUGUUCAGGAUUUGUACAAACCAAUAGUAGAAUAGCCAUAGGAGCUGCAAUUUCUCCGGUUUCAUCAUUUGGCGGCAAUCAAUAUGACAUUACAAUUCUCAUUUGGAAGGAUCCAAAGUUAGGAAAUUGGUGGUUGGGCUUGGGAGAUAACACAUUAAUCGGUUAUUGGCCAGCGGAGAUUUUCACGCAUUUGGCGGACCGCGCCACCAUGGUAGAGUGGGGAGGUGAGGUGGUGAAUUCAAGGGUCAACGGGGAGCACACGUCCACCCAAAUGGGCUCGGGCCACUUUGCCGAAGACGGGUUCGGGAAGGCGUGCUACUUUCGGAACCUAGAGGUUGUGGACUCGGAUAACAGCCUCACCUCGGCCCAAGACAUAUUAACCCUUGCUGAGAACACCAAUUGUUACAAUAUCAAGAGCACCUACAACAAGGAAUGGGGCACACAUUUUUACUAUGGUGGGCCUGGGAAUAAUCCACAGUGUCCGUGACCAUAUCAUAAUAAUUGUUGUUGUGCUAUAAAUCGCUUUCCAAUAUAUUUGAUUUUUUUCCAUGUAUAAAAAAUAUAUACAUUUAAUAUCAAUUUUGCCUUUUUAUUUA